AUGCUCGACGGGCUGACACCGCACUCGCCGCUCCUGGCCGCCCUCUCGCUCCCACUGCAGGCUGCCAAGCGCUUUGCACAGGUCCUCGGCGCGGUGGCGGUGGCCCAUGCGCUCAAGCUUUGGCUGGUGUAUCGGAGGACUGCCGCAGGCGAGCAGGGCCCAGGCGACUCUCGCGCGCCUCACUCUCUGCCCCAGCCACCGACCGUCCGCCUCACGGCUGCCACGCCUCCGAUGUCCUCUGAGGACGAGGUCACAGUCGUUUCGUUCGCGCUGCCACGGCACGAGCGUGUGCCGCGCGUCCCGCUGCCGCCGUCGCUCCCGGCGCCGGCCCCGGUCACCGUCCUCGACCGCUCGGUCGAUCGUGUCCGCUCGUUCUGCCUUGUGCUCGGCGCCAUCGCCACCUGGCUCGCGCUGCGCACCAUCCCGGUGUGGCUUCUUUUCAUACUCUCGCUUGCUGGCGUCUACUACUCGGAGGCCAUUGUCCGGGCGUGCGCGCGGCUCCAGCACCCGCUUCCCGCACCAGCACCAGCUGCUGCACCCGAUGCCGGCUCGGCGUCUGCAGGCCGCCGGCGCAAGAUCCGCAAGGUCCGCAAGCGACGGGCGAGGCACUCGCCAUCAUCACACAGACAUCUCAAGCCGUCGCGCCUUGCACCGCAACGACUGCCAUCGCUGCCGUCGGCGUCGGCGUCGGUCUCAAGCCCCGACUCGGACUCGGGCGCGGGCUCGUUUGCCUCGUGGUCCGACUGA